AUGCCCGUCGAUAUCGCUCGCGAAACCGCAGAGCGUCAUGGCCUGCGGUUUCCAGAGCCUCCUCCAUUGCUACACACCCGCCACGAACCUUACGACCGUCCCUCCACACCUUCAGGAAAUGGCUUCACUAGUCCGGCGCAGACACCUCAGGGCAGUCCCAGCAAAAAUAGGAUGCCCCCGGGAUCGCUUGAUUUACCCAAUGUCUUUGAAAAGGCUAUGAAGCUUGCGCCGCCGUCCCCCACCAAGUCGUCUCCCAAGGCUACCUACAACCAUUACAAUCAUCCCAUGUUCUCCCCGCCCAAGGCCAAGGGCUCCAUGGAGGAUUUCAGUGAAAGUGUUAUCCAUCAACCCUCGAGCAGUCCUACCCGCAGAUCCCAAGACAAAGAGAAUGCUGCACCGUCUCGGUUGCCGCAGAAGAGCUUUGGUCGUAAUCCUGCCGCCGCCGCCCUCUCCCGCCAUGAGCCUUACCAGCAACCACGAGACGAUCCCAUCGGAAGACGUCAGGUUCAGAUGCGUGGAUUGACUCCGGAGGAAUUAGAGAAGCUGCAGAACCCGCGCGUGAAGCGAUUAGUCAAUGUGACUCAACUUUACUUCCUCGACCAUUAUUUUGACCUCCUUAGCUACGUCCAUAACCGUGGGAACCGCCAGUCCCAAUUCCGGACCGCAUACCCCGACCCUCCCGAUACCCCGAUCGAAGAAUACGAACCCGCACUCCGCAAAUAUCUCGGUCGCGAGCGCGCUCAUCUGCGCAAGCGUCGCACACGUCUCCGCCAGCAUGACUUCCAACUCCUGACGCAGGUCGGCCAGGGUGGUUAUGGCCAGGUCUAUUUGGCACAAAAGAAGGACACGCGGGAGGUGUGCGCGCUCAAAGUGAUGAGCAAGAAGUUACUCUUCAAGCUAGACGAAAUCCGGCAUAUCCUUACGGAGCGUGAUAUUCUGACAGCGGCAAAAAGUGACUGGUUGGUGAGGCUGCUUUAUGCUUUCCAAGAUGAGGACCAGAUCUACCUUGCCAUGGAAUACGUACCAGGAGGAGAUUUUCGAACAUUACUGAACAACGCCGGUGUCUUGCAUAAUCGUCAUGCUCGAUUCUACGUGGCCGAAAUGUUCAGCUGUAUCGAUGCGCUGCACGCAUUGGGAUACAUCCAUCGUGACCUCAAACCAGAGAACUUCCUCAUUGACUCUACGGGCCAUGUGAAAUUGACGGACUUUGGAUUAGCAGCCGGUAUGCUGAAUCCGGGAAAAAUUGAAUCGAUGCGCGUGAAACUGGAAGAAGUGGGUAACACGCCGGUUCCUUUCGGCCGACCGAUGGAGCAGAGAACCGCGGCAGAACGACGUCAAGGAUAUCGCUCGUUGCGUGAGCGUCAGGUUAACUACGCCAAGUCGAUUGUCGGGUCGCCUGACUAUAUGGCACCGGAAGUUCUGAAAGGAGACCAGUAUGAUUUCACAGUGGACUACUGGAGUUUGGGAUGCAUGCUGUUUGAGGCAUUAGCAGGGUAUCCGCCCUUCGCCGGCGCAACAGUGGAGGAGACCUGGCAAAACCUCAAACGAUGGCAAAAAGUGCUACGGAAGCCGGUGUACGAGGACCCGAAUUACUUCCUUUCGCGACGAACAUGGGAUUUUAUCACCAAGCUGGUGGCGUCCAAGGACUAUCGAUUCAAGAAUAUUCACGAGAUUCAUGCACAUGACUACUUUCACGAGGUCGACUUUACACGUCUUCGCGACCAACGCCCGCCGUUUGUGCCCGAGCUGGAUUCGGAGACGGAUGCUGGAUACUUUGACGAUUUCUCCAAUGAAUCCGACAUGGCCAAGUACAAGGAGGUUCAUGACAAGCAACGAGCAUUGGAGGAUAUGGCAGAGCGGGAGGAUAAGAUGAGCAAGGGGUUGUUUGUUGGGUUUACAUUCCGUCAUCGAAAACCGGCCAUUGAAGGCGCAGGACGAAGUUCAUCUCGAAAACCAAUUCCAACGGAUGGGUCGUUUGGAACAAUGUUUUAG